AUGGCAUCCCCGCUCUGUGCCGAUGCCCGGCAGAUGGUUCGCAGUAUGUCGGAGCUUGGUCGAGUGCUUCAGUGGCAACGAAUCCUGAGCAUGUUGGAGUCCUUGCAUGCAGGAAGCACUCCGAGCAACGUGGCAUGCAGCAUCGCCAUAAAUGCUUGCAACAAAGCGCUGCAGUGGCCCUCUGCAGCUGCUUUGUUCGAAGACCUUUACGGACGAGGCAAUCCGGAUCUAUUCUGCUGGAGUGCAGCUAUCAGUACUUGCGCCGCGGGGACGCUGUGGCUGGAAGCUCUGCAGAUUCUCGAAGCUCUUCCAAGGCGUGGCUUCCAGCCCGACAUCGUUAUCUUUGGUGGGGUGGCUGCAGCCUGCGCCGCUGGAACCAGCGUCUGGAGUCAUGCGAUGGCAAUACUGGAGGAUGCAUGUGCAGCCCAACUGCAGCCAACUUCUGUACUCUGCAACUCCGUGAUAACUGCCUGUGGCAGGGCCGAACGUUGGGAGCUUGCCCUGUCCGUUCUCAACGAGAUGCCUGCCUUGGGUGCUGCGUGCAGCGUGGUGACGUAUGCCGCAACAAUGGCGGCCUGUACGCUGGCAGGGCGCUGGCAGAGGUGCCUGCAGCUCGGGGAGUUGCUGACAGAAGCGAGGCUCAGAAAAAACGUCGUCGUGUACGGUUCCCUGAUCGAUGCAUGCGAGUCCGGACACCACUGGAUGCUGGCUUUGCAGCUGCUGCAAGAGAUGCCAGCGCAGCAAGUGGCUCGGAACCUGGUGGUGGUGGCUUCUGCGAUCGGCGCUUGUGAAAAAUGCUGUCAGUGGGAGACAGCAUGGUAUCUCUUCCGCUCAUUGGAGAGACCCAAUGUCGUCGCUGCCUCCUCGACCAUAACGGCCCUUGUGAAGGGAGUUCGCUGGGAAAUGGCGCUGGCAUUGUGUGGUGAGGUUCGAGAUCGCAGCAUUGGGAUGAACGUCAUCGCCUGCAGUGCUGCAAUCAGUGCUUGCGAGAAGGGAAAGGACUGGGAGUCGGCCGUAGCUCUCCUGGAAGACAUGGAGACCUCCAAGCUGCAGGCCAACAUCGUGGCCUAUAGUGCCGUCAUCAGCGCGUGCGAGAAGUGCAAGCAUUGGGAGCUUGCCUUGGAGCUUUUCGACGAAGUUCUCCGGAUCAGCCUCUUGCCGGACGUCGUCGUGUGCAGCGCAGCUCUUAAUGCCGCGGCAUGCUCUGAGCGCUGGGAUUUGGCGGCUGGCAUCAUGUCCACCGUCCAGGAAGGUAGCAUUCAGCCCAACACUGUACUGUACAACUCCGCCAUCAGUGUCGCAGAAAAGGCGAAUGCCUGGGAAGUCGCCAUCCAGCUGAUGAAGGAUCUGCGCGUUGCUGGCCUCCAGCCCAAUGCCAUCAGCUUCAGUGCAGCCAUCCUGGCCUGCAGUGAGAGUCAGCAGUGGCUCAGCGCCCUCCGGCUCCUGACUGAGGAAGAAGGAGCAAGCCUCGUUCCGAACCUGGUGACAUUUGGUGCAGCCAUUGCAUCGUGUGAGCUCGCUUUGCAACAGCAACAUGUCCCAGCGCUUCUGAGAAGUCUUGAAGCCACGACCCUGCAACAGCUGUGA